AUGGACCCACCCGGUCGCUCCGCGAAUUCUUCAAAAUCACCACCGUUCUCGACCCCUGCCGGAGACGCACCGCACAUAUUAUCAAUUGAUAUUCAGUCUCAGGCGAUUACUCAAUUGCAUCGAAGAUCUACAGACUCGCCCGGCUUGGCUUCACUGAAGUCUGUUGACUCAGUCCCCGUCACAGGCGUCUACCCUCUGGGUUCCCUGCGUAUCAACGAACCCGAGGACGAGAAGGACCUUGAUAUGGGCCCGGCGACACCGUUGACAGUCCCAGAUGGGACCCCUGACCUCGUUGACAAGCACGUCGAGAUGCUGGAAGGCGGGGAUGUGUUUAUUCUUGAUGACCUGCCCUCUAGUUUUACUGUCGGUUGCGAUACCAUCUCCUUCUCAACCACGCAGCAGUUCCUAGGCUUUCGGGAUAUCCCACCGGGAGCACAUUUGAUAUGGGUCUCACCGCUGGAAUCAACCUCUAUUCGCAGUGGGUACUGGCUCAUCACGCAGGAGAAAGAGGAUACCACGCCUGGUACGGUCCAUGUCAAACAAUGGGAUAACUUCAACGAGGUUUUGGGUGACCCUGCAACAAAUGCCGAGGAGAUGUUUCAAAAGCAACGACUCGGUCAUAUAUUUGCCAAACUUGCGCCUUACCACUUCAAGGCGUCUACUUCAGCCGUCUCAUCUCCGGGUCGCGCGGUCGGUGCUGACCCGCUACCUUCUUUCUUGAGCAGCACCACCAUAUGGCAACAUCUUACCUCUGCCAUUCAACCACCGCUGUUGGAUCGGCUCGCCAGCAGCCAGAAACGCGCCUGGCCAGUCAACACAUCCGACCGUAUCGUAGGAGAGACGAACCUUCUGGAGGAAUCACGCCUCUAUCCCUCAUCUGCAGCACAACUCAAGUUCUCUUUUCCCAUGGAUCAAAGGCUCUUCGAUCCCUCAGCUGAAGGGUCGGAGCGUACCCAGCAGGCCCUCGACCCAACCUCCUGGGUAAUUUCCCACAUUGAGGAUGAAGACGCACUGUUGGGCGAAAUCCAGUUCGCCUUCCUCACCGGUAUGCAUCUCGGCAAUUACUCCUGCCUCGAGCAAUGGUGGUAUUACACAACGCUCAUAGUGUUCCGGUCAUACCGUCUCGCUAUCGAGCGUCCGGGCCUUGUUCUGCGCCUGAUGCAAAAUUUUCAUGCGCAGCUGGCCUAUAAUGAACGUUAUCUUGAAGGAUCCUCGAUCCUGGACACCAUGCCCCAGAAUGCGAAGCAGCUACAGAAGGCUCUUACCGUUUACAAGUCACGGUUGAACGAGCAACUUCUAUCACUGGGCGAUAGGUGUACCGAAGAACAGAGUGCGGUUGGCGAGGCGUUCUUGUCGCUUGAAAGCUGGCUGUGGCGCUUCGGAUGGGAUCUGAGAGGUGACUAUGUGAGGAGCGGGAAGGUGAUGCUCGAGGACGGCGAGAUAGUGGAUGCCGAGCUCUCGGACUUUGAGGACGAGGAUGAAAGGGGUGACUAUGCAGCUGCGGUAGUGGAGCUUGACGAAAACGGACGGCCUACAGACCUGGUUGCUGUUUGA